GCACCAUAGUUCCAGAGAAUAUUCCUAAGAAUCAUAUGGUCGAUGUGGGUGCUCUUUCAAGGAACGCUGCCCAGGCGUCAUCGUCUCCCCCACCGACCAAACCGGUCGCCGUCGCAAAAGUCACCUCCAAAUCGCAGCAGACUCGUGAUACGAAGAAGCCUCAGGCCACUACAUCCAAGAGCACGUCUAAAGGCAAAGGUCCAGAAGUGCCUCCGAAAGAGAAAAAGAUGACGAAAAAGGCUAUGCAAGCACUCCUCAAAGAGCGAGCAGAAAGAGAGAAGAAAAUGUCUCACAAGGAAUACAUUGAGACCUUGCCUGACAAAUGGCCGAACCGAGAGAAGGAGUACUCCCAGUUCCUUUCAGGUGCCGUGAUCCUCUUUGCGGAGCGAAUGUGGGAGAAGCGAGCGGCUCUCUAUAAGCAUGGUGCCGAGCUAGUAACAGCGUACGACGCCGACCGUGUCACGCAUAUCGUCUCCGCGGGAGCAUCCUGGGAAACAGUGAAACUGAUAAACGAAAAUAUUGGGAUUCCGAUCCACACCAUCCCCUUGCGCAUCAAGAUUGUCAAGUGGCCAUGGGUGUCUGACUGCGAGGCGCGCAGAGGGUUGGUAGAACCGACCAUGGACAGGUAUAUUCACCACGACAGGUGGAUGCGGGAUAUACAAGGGGGAGGAGAUGGCUCGGUUUCGUCGGUCGCGGUCGUGCCGAAGCGAAAGAGGCGCGAGAUGACCCCUAUCUUGGAUUCUGAAGACGAAGAAAAGGCGCGGCGACUGAGUGUUUUUAGAUAUCAAUACCCCCAGAAGCGCCAUAAGCCGGAGGGUGGUCUGAAGACUCGGUACGGAGGGCUCAUCCCAGUCGGACCUUCUGGCGCUAUAAGGGGUACUGUAUCCAAAACAGCCAUAGCACCUGUUUCGCCUCCACGAGCUGCUAUAGAGAUAGGCAGUGAUGAGGUAAGGAGUCAUACUGCAUGCGAUGAGCUAAUGUUAAAUGCUACUUCCAAACAGGAAGUCGAAGAGGAACCGGGAAUUCAGUAUGAGGCUUUCCAAUGCAUGCAAGUGCCAGACGGCCCACGCAAGGAUUGUCCUAAUCAAGACGUCGUAGAGAAGUUAGAGGAACUGAUGGCGAUACACAAGGGGCGAGUGGACGAGGAGUCCAAAUGGAAAGCAUUUGCGUUGAUGAAAGCCAUUGGCCGCAUACGGAAACACCCGACGCGAUUCGAGAGCAUGCAAGAGCUCGUGGCCAUCCCCGGGAUAGGGGCCAAGACAGCGGAGAAGAUCAUGGAAGUUAUCAAGACGCAAGGCCUCAAACGGUUGAACUACGAGCGAACUGGGGAGACCGCCGUAGUGAUGGAUUUUCAGGGAAUAUAUGGCGUGGUUGUCAGCUAUGAGGAGGCCGGACUUGUGGAGUUUGUCGAGGAGACAAG